GGAGCGGGACCCCCCCCCGGGCCGGGACCCCCUCCCGGAGCGGGACCCGCCCGGCACCGCCCCCCACCCCAGAUCCCCUCUGGGAUCCGCUCCCGAGACGCCCCCCGGCCGGGGCCCUCCCCCCGGAUCUGCCCCCCACCCCCGGCGUCUCUCCCGCACCGGGACCACCGCCACCCCCGGCACCGGCUGUCCCGCCCCGGCGGCGGCCCCCACCCCGGUGCCCCCGGGCCCGGGCGCCCCUCCCGCGCUGCCGCCCCAUGGAGAACUUCCAGAAGGUGGAGAAGAUCGGCGAGGGCACCUACGGCGUCGUCUACAAGGCCCGGAACAAGGUCACCGGCGAGGUGGUGGCGCUCAAGAAGAUCCGCCUGGACACGGAGACCGAGGGCGUCCCCAGCACGGCCAUCCGCGAGAUCUCCCUGCUCAAGGAGCUCAACCACCCCAACAUCGUCAAGCUGCUGGACGUGAUCCACACGGAGAACAAGCUCUACCUGGUCUUCGAGUUCCUGCACCAGGACCUGAAGAAGUUCAUGGACUCGUCGUCCAUCAGCGGCAUCGCCCUGCCCCUGAUCAAGAGCUACCUGUUCCAGCUGCUGCAGGGCCUGGCCUUCUGCCACUCGCACCGCGUCCUGCACCGCGACCUCAAGCCCCAGAACCUGCUCAUCAACGCCGAGGGAGCCAUCAAGCUGGCCGACUUCGGCCUGGCCCGCGCCUUCGGGGUGCCCGUGCGGACGUACACGCACGAGGUGGUGACUCUCUGGUACCGAGCCCCCGAGAUCCUGCUGGGCUGCAAGUACUACUCGACGGCCGUGGACAUCUGGAGCCUGGGCUGCAUCUUCGCCGAGAUGAUCACCCGGCGAGCCCUGUUCCCCGGCGACUCGGAGAUCGACCAGCUCUUCCGCAUCUUCCGCACGCUGGGCACCCCGGACGAGGCCGUGUGGCCCGGCGUCACCUCCAUGCCCGACUACAAGCCCAGCUUCCCCAAGUGGGCCCGCCAGGACUUCAGCAAAGUGGUGCCGCCGCUGGACGAGGAGGGGCGGAAGCUGCUGGCACAAAUGCUGCACUACGACCCCAACAAGCGGAUCUCGGCCAAGUCGGCGCUGGGUCACCCCUUCUUCCGCGACGUCACCCGGGCCGUCCCCCACCUGCGCUUGUGACGCAGCCCGGCCCCGCGGCUGCCGCCCCUCCUGCUCGCACUUAGCCCUCCGGGCUCUGCCGGCGCCGAGCCGGGGCCCGGAGCCCUCGGGACGGGACGCGGCAGCCUCCCGCUGCCCCGCCAGCGCCCGGAGAGCGGGUGCCGCCUUCCCUGCCCGCGCGCCCCCUCGCCGCCGCCCGGCCCUGCGCCGCGGAGGGCAGAUCCCGGGGGCCGGGAGGCGCCUCCGGCCCUAGGGCAGCGUGGCCGCGGCUCAGGGAUCCUCUUCGCCCCCCGCCCCUCCGCCCCCCACGACCUCCCUCCUGCCCUGAGCCUGGUCCGAGCACCCGGAGGGCAGAGCAGGUCCCCGCGUGGGGCGAGGGGCCCGCUCCGCUCCUGCCUCGCGGAGGCCCCGUCUUCCCUCUCCCGGACUUCAGGCACUUGCAGCCCUUCCCCGGGAGCCGUUUCAGGCUGCGGAGGUGCGACGGCGGCGGCCCCAUCCCGAUGCCGGCUUUGCCCAGCUCCUGCCGGCACAGCUGGGCUUCUCCUGGCUCCCUGAGCCUGGGCAGCUUCUUGCCUUGUCCGUUCUGGCAGCGCAGGAGGAGCCUCCGGGUUUUCCAGCCCGAGAGGGGGCUCGUGGGCCCCGCGUUCCCGCGGAGCAGCCGCUCCCAGGAGCGGGUCAGCCGCGUCCCGGCCCUGCGGAGCGAUGCCCGUCCGUGCUGGCUGGGCUCAAGGCUGCGCAUCGUGCUGGGGGCUCGUAGGGGCGCUCCGGUCAUACCCAGCUCCCUCCCCAGUGUAUUUAUUUCCCUGGAAGCAGCCGGAUCUGACCAGGGCAGCUUGUACUCGACCUUGGGGACGAUAGGGACUGUGGGGGUGGCCCCUGCCUCUGCCCUGCUCCGGGCCCCGGACCGGCGGGGAGGGCCGUGCCUGGUCCUGGGCAGGGAAACCAGCCCCAGCUCCCUCGGUGCAAGGGGAAAGGCCUUUGCCCAUCCCCAGAGCACUGUGCACGCGUGGAAGAGAGCCAAGGCCCGUGACCACGUUUCCUUCGUCCCCUGGGCAUAGGGGUUCAAGAGAGGCAGCAUCUUCAUCCUCAGCAUUUCCUGGCCUCCUCCUCCUCGGCCGCUGGCUAAAGGCUGGCUGCUCCUUGCCUUAUCACGGCUGUUCCGGCUCUCAAGGCUCCUCGGCGGCACGGGGUGGCGGGAGCCCCGCAGCUGGGCACGGUUUCCCUCUCCAAACGCUGCCAGCUUGGGGCUGAAAACCGCAGGAGGAGGUGGAGGCCUGGAGGGAGGCUCAGUACCAGCUAAAUAUCUCCUGCAGUAUUUGGGAACAUGAAGAUUUAUAUGUAUUUUUGGACUGGAACAAAUAGGGAGGUAUUUAUAAGGCUGUGGUAGCAGAGUUCUUUUGUAGAGCAUUUCUUAGAGAAGCACCUUGGAGUAUUUUGUAACAGAAUCUCUUUAGAGCCAUCUCCGAACCCGCCUUCCUGGGAUAUUUUUGUCGCUGACUUUUGUAACUUCCCGGCUGUGAUUUCUUACCAAAUGUUAAAAAUAUUUGUGUAACUCCUUUACAAACCAUUAAAUAUUCCUAGUUCUUUGCC